AAUAACAAUGGCGACGGCUUCUCAGGUUCCAAAGGUAGGCGUAGCGGUUUUCCUUUUGAAAGACACCAAGGUAUUGCUGGGGCGACGACUCUCUUCCAUCGGCUACAACACUUACGCACUCCCCGGUGGUCAUCUCGAGUACGGGGAGACAUUUAAGGAAUGUGCAAUUAGAGAGGUGAAAGAAGAAACAGGUCUAGACAUUGAAAAUGUAGAAUUCCUGACUGCAACAAACAACAUCUUUGAAUUGGAGGCAAAACAGAGUAGUGUUGUUCAUCUUGUGUGCAUUUUCAUGCGUGGGUUCUUGACAGAUCCUAAUCAAGUGCCACAAACUAUGGAGCCUGACAAAUGUGUUGGAUGGGAUUGGUAUGAGUGGAAUGAUCUUCCAAGUCCAAUGUUUGAACCCUUGUUGAAUAUGGUGAACGAUGGCUUCAAUCCCUUUAGUAAAUGAUCAAACUUGUUUCACUUUGUCGGUUGUUUGAAGAUUUCAUUUCCCUUUUGUUUUGUUUGUAGAAGAAGAACUUGUGGUAAAUUGGAUGAAACUAAGAAAUGUGUAUUUAAUGUUGAAUUCUAAAUUUUAAGUGUUCAAUUAGUUUUAGUAAAUUAAUUUUGAUAAAUCAAAUUAAAACUAUUUGAUAUG